AUGGCAUUUUUGGUGCUGCUGGGUCUCCUAGCCGUUGCUAGCGCCGAGGAGAUGAACACCGCUUUAGACACCGAUAACGAGUGCUUCGGCGAUGAAGCCUGUGCUUUCAACGCGCUGCAGGUUCAUGGCACGCAGAGCUUUGAUGAGCAGUUGAUUGAGGUGGACCAGAGUGCUGCUGACCAGUUCUCGGUCUACUGGGUUAAUGGCAACCCGGGCUACAACUGCGAUCAGGUUUGUGCCACGAGGCAGCUCCGGGGCCAGCGUAUGGCUUGUGAUGCUCGUGCUUUCGGCUUGACUCCUGAUGCUGCCGGGAUUAUGAAGGCAGCCCAAUCAGCAGGAACUCGCUGUGCAGCGACUUGGGCAAACAACGGUGCCUACGGCCACACUUUUGACAAUGUGCCGGCCAUUUGCAUGGAGUCCAAGUGUGGCGUGGAUCCUCACGGUUUGUGCGCCUACAGUCCCAAGAAUGCUGCGACUUGCGCGGGAUCCGUACCCAAAGGCUAUGGACGAAUCUGCCCUUGCAAUGUGGCCACCAACUCGGCACCAGCACCGCCAGCCCCUCAGCAGCCGCAGUACACACUCCCUUCGCCUGGGCCGCAUCCAUCGCAGUACAUGCCCCCAGCGCCAGCCCCUCACCAGCCGCAGUACACACCACCAGCACCUGCGCCUGUGAAACCGGCAGGGAAAUGCAUCACCAAGACGGACGUGAGCUGCACUAUGAAAAGUUGCAGCAAAAAGAUGGGUCCGACUGAGUGCAAGUACAAGGAUGGUAGUUGGAUCCACAAACGGUGCUCGUGCAAAAAAGGCUACUGUCUGCAGAAAGACAGGUGUGUGAGAGCUAAUUAG